GGGCUUUGUCUCCAUUUCCACCUCAAACUACAGUGCGACCUCUUGGUUCUAUCAUUGUUUUCAAAUGCUUACUUGCUGUGCCUUUUGUUUUCCCGAUGACAGGAUGGAUCGUCGACUAACCUGCGGCAGACCGGCAGGCAUGACAGCAAGAGCGACAAAUCGGCAACGUAGUGCGGGGUCUGUGGCGAAGCAGGCGUACGACCCGAUGUUGUAUGCUCACCUGCCUUCUCACGAGAUUCCUCUGCCGCCCUCAGAUGACGAGGGGGAAGACGCCAGGUCGUCGACUUUGUCAUUGGGAAGUGGUUCCACGCAGGAUUGGGCGCCGACGCAGUCGUGCGGUGGUUGGCGGGCAGAGAGCCCGUGGUCUUACACGUCACUGCUGAACGAGGGGUUGUGCAACGACGAUGGCAAUGCAGCGGUUGAUCUGAGCGUCCAGUUAUCCAGCAGCAGCGGAGCAGCGGCAACGCACACUCGCAUCAUCAAUCCCCACCCAGAUGGGGAUUGCGCGGAGCAAUUGUGGGCGGAGUGCGGGCAGGCGUUGCGUCAAGCUGGAACGGAGACAAUAACGAGAGGGCUACAACCGCUCCACGUGGACGAAGGCGACAACGCGGCUGUUCAGGAGCCCCUCGACUGUGAUGACGCUGACGGUGAUGAGGAUUGCAACUUCGACGAUUUGCCUGAGAUUAGGCCCCUUGCGAGCAAGGUGAGGAACAGCGGUGCGAGUGCGAAGAAGGGUCCCACUCCAAGAAAUCGACGGAAUAAGAAAAUGGAUGACAACACCGGCGGGAGCGAUGGUGAGGGCGGUUGGAAUUUCUGGUCGGUCGGAGACACGAUCGCACUCGUGAGGGUGAAAAGGGAUCAAGAUGUGUAUAUCGUCGGGUUGGGGCACAGUUUGGCCCACAUGAAGACCAGGGAAUGGAAGUGGGAGGACGUGCGGGCGAGGUUGGAGAUCAUGGGCGUCACGAGGAAGGCCAUCGACUGCGUGAAGAAAUGGGACAACUUGAUGCAGCAAUUCAAGAAGGUUCACAAGUUUCAGAACCUCUCCGGCAGGAAGGACUACUUCAAGCUUGCUUCAUCGGCCAGGCGAUCGGAGGGCUUCAGCUUCGUCAUGGACCCGAGCGUGUACGACGACAUGGAGGCCAUGACGAAGAGGGAUCACACGAUCCACCCAAAGAAUUUGGCGGACACGGGAAAGACGGGGGGGGUCAGAUGUCGGCAGGCACAGGGACUGGAGGGGAAUCCAUGGCCAAUGAGGGUGGAGGGGAGGCACCCGAUGCCGGCAGUUCCUUUCUUUUGUUUUUUUUUACUUGAUGUUCUUCAUGUUCUAGGAGAGUGCUUCAUGCGUGAUUUGCGGUCUCAAGAGCGACAGGGCCAUGUGUUGAAGGGGUUAUGUGGGUCGAGGAUUGUGGCGGACGGGGGUGGUGUGGGGGGGGCGGCGUUGGUCGUCGGGGGGGGGGGGGGGGGUGAGGUUGUUGGCGAAAGAAUGGGGGGGGGAAUGGGGUUGUUGUGCGCGAACGCGGUCUGGAAUGUUGUUGUCACAUGUGUCGUUGUCGAUGAUGCCGACAGGCGAAGAAGCGACGUUGGGGCCCGUCCGUCUGCUCCGUGUUAUCGAGGUGUCUGCGCCCCGUCCCGCAUAAAGGUCGUUCGCUUCUGGCGUCUCCAACACAGAAGGUCGCCGCACGUGCUGCACAGUGAGCACAACCAUGCAGAACACCCCAUAGCUUUUCUCCUCCUCGCACUGGACCGCUGUCGCGUGCUCGCCGCGGAUAUUUCACGCCUCCUCGUCGGGGACUUCUUCAGUGUCGUCAACGAUCAUCGUCGUGGAUCUUCUCGCCUUCUCGUCAUGUCGACAUUCCGCGUCGUGUACAACGCUCGCAUUCCGCACCGCGGAGCUCUGCGGCGACGACGACGUCGUCGUGCAGAGGAGGAAGAAGCACCAAAGGACAUCGUAUCCACACUUCAAGGGAGUGGUUGUCAACGGUCAUCAGAUCAUAUCGUUGCGAGGAGAUUGGUGACGCCUCCUCCGGAGGCGCAGCACGUGCGUGCCCGCGAUACCCCGAAGGCGAAGGAGGUUGUCGACGUCGGUGGUGAGGAUGACGAGCCCUUGGAAAGUCCUCGGCAGCGCAAUGUCACACGAGGCGCCAUGGCUACGGUAGUCAGGGCACGCGGUGCGACUAACAAAAGGCCACCUCAGGGUGGGCUGCCCUCCAUGCCGUCUCAGCUACAUCCGCGCAACACGGCUGAUGAGGGAGGCUCCAUGGAACGCGGCGGAGGGGGGGAAAUCCAGCAAGAAGCGCGCGUGGUGGGGGGGGGGGGGGGAUCGCUGAUGCGGGUGCGGGAACUUCAGGCAAUGUGGCACCCACGUCGAGAACGGGAGAGGAGCUUCCAGUUGUGGAGCGGGAGGUGGCACGUGGCGAGAACAAUGCGGUCAGCAAGCGCCUGCCGUCCCCCGAGCGUCGUCAUGCUAACAUCCUCCACGAGCCUAACAAGGAUUGUCGAUCCCGCACAACUGCAGCAGGCGAUCUCCCGUGCGGCGGCGGUGGAGAAUAUUGCUCUGCGCAUCUUGCACGGCUGGGUCUUCAAGUCCGGGAACUGCCCCCGAGGAUACAAUCUCGUUUUCCAGUAUGCGCUCGAGUCGGUGGCAACGGACAUUGCACGUGCUAUGUGGUACGGCGAGGAGUGGAGCAACGUCGUGAGUGCGGUUGUUUGCGCGCACGCAAUUCACCUGUCCAUGGACUUGCCACUGUGGUUCACGGGCGCGAACAUCGAGGACAGGCCGGAGGACGACGACAUGGCGGCGUACCAGGAGUCCACCGUCAUAUGCAUCGCGCAUGCAUUCCGUGUUGCGGUGCAAAUGGGUGUGAACGUCGACGGCGGCUUCAUCUCACACGACCGUCUCUCAAGCGUUGCUAAUUGCUUCAGGCUUUUGUUGGCGCCCAGCAUUUGGUUGAUGCGCAUGUCGGGAGACGAUCUGCGCAGCCACUACGAAGCCUUCUACUUCGCGAAGCUGUUCGCGAAGCCCACGCUCGUUGCGUUCAUGCAUCCCUCCUUCAAGCAUUGAUGAUCCGUCAUCCGAACCACAAACGUCGUCACAGAGAGGCUAGGGAAGUUUUCCCAAUGCCACCAAAAAACCGUGUUUGAUUAUGAUUUCAACAGUCGAAGAAAGACAAUGCGCACAACCCCAUAGAGCAGAUGAUGUCCAAGAACACAUUUUGUGAACAUGUAAUGCCACAACGCAUCUUCGUCCGUAUUGAUCAUCGCAAUGAAAUAGCAACACAAAU